AUUUUCCCCUUGUUUUCAUUCUAGCUUUCCUUUAAUAAAUGCAAGAUAAGGACUGCAAAACUCGCAUUAAAUUUAUUUCUUUGUCUUUCCACUUUCAUAUUGUUCUUUUCAAGUCUAAAUCCUUUUGUUGACCUUGCGAUAUGUUAGCUGAAGGGUCGCUGGCUUCUAACGGGAAGCGUAAGAAGCGCGUUGGAACUGCCUGUGAUUUUUGCCGACAAAGAAAGUUAGGAUGUGAUAAUGCGAAACCGAAAUGCGAAAAUUGUCGAACCCAGGGCAAAAGCUGUAUAUAUUCAGAACGCAUGAAGAACAUUAGACCUACUAAUACACAAAUCCGGCGUCUGGAAGAAGAAAAUGCCCAGCUUCGCAGGUCCCUCGCAAGGACGAGAUCGCAGAUGAAUGUGGAGCGAAUGCCAGACACACAGGAUCGCCAGCAAAGCAUUAGUGUCCACGAGGAGAAUAACUCAGUCCAUCAGCUUCGUCAGAUGCCAGUCUCCCGGUCAGCCCCAGACCAAGAUCAAGCCUGUUUUUCAACUGGAGACCGUGAAGUUCAAUUCCACGGGCCUUCUAGCGCUAUGUUUGAUGAAUCCAACCAACAGGCGACAGAGAGUUUGACUUCUGGUAUAACUGCCGACCCAUUGCAAAGGUAUCAACUGCUGGGUGCCUGUAUAAAACAACGCCAAAUGGAACCUAUCGAUUUGGCUGCAGGCAAGCUUGACUUUGAUGGUCUGGACCCAGAAUCAGGAAUGCAUCUUCUGUCAGUUUUCUGGAGUAGACAGCAUGCUUCUGGGUCAAUUGUCUAUAGACCAGCCUUUAUGCGCGACAUGGCCUGUAAUGGCCCAUACUUCUCUAAAUUACUUUUGAAUGCUAUAUACUUUGUGGCGUCCAAGAACGCAACUAUGGAGGAGUUUCGCUGCGAAGUUACCGAUGGCCCAGUCAGGAUAUCGCCAUUUAGACAAAGAGCAGAGAAGCUUUUGUACAACAACGAGUCAGGAAAUCCAUUGAAAGGUGAUAUCACAACAAUUCAAGCUUUGUUGAUUAUGUCCGAUGCGCUUUUUACGUGGUGUGACGAACGAAGUCUUUCAUGGUCAUAUUCUGGACUCGCAAUGAAUAUGAUCAUCGGACUCGGAAUUCACGUUGACAGUCGCAUCCCUUCUGCAAAGAAUCGGCUUUCCGCAGAAGAUAUAGAAGUCCGACGUCGACUAUUUUGGGCUGCUUUCGUCGCAGAUAAAGUUCAAUCAAUCUACCAAGGCCGCCCUGUUCGUAUACGCGAGGUAGACAUCAAUGUUCCUAUCUUCUUCAUGGACGAUUAUGAAGAACUGGAACAAUUCAGCGCACUAUCCUACGAUCUGGAGGAGUCUCCAAUCAGCAUUACAACACACAGUGUUUCCGUCUUCGAGCAACUUUGCAAACUCAGCAUCAUCAUGGAAAAGAUAAUCUCCAGUAUUUAUACUGAGAAAUCCCGUUUGAAAGAUCCCAAUCACCACCUAGGUGUAGCAAAAUCUCUGCACGCAGAGCUAAACCGCUGGCGUAAUGCGUUGCCGGAUCAUUUGAUUCCGAAACUGAGCAAUCCAAGCAGGCCGUCAUUGACACCUCAUGCUUUUUCAUUGAUGUCCGUGUUCCACUCCCUCGUCAUAUUACUCCAUCGCCCAUUCGUAUCCGAUGGACACAUUCGUUCAACCUCCGCCUCUGUUGUCCGUGACUCUUUCGCAACAUGCGCGACGGCCGCUUCUGAAAUUGACGCAACAUUACGAUUAUAUCGACAACAUUUUUGUAUAAUGGCAGUACCAUAUUUCAUGUCAUACGCUACGUAUGUCAGUGCGACAAUCCAUGUUCGCAUCGCGGCGCAGAGCGGACCAGGAUCAGAGGCGUAUCUUUCUCUACAGCACUGUUUAGAUAUUUUGUCCUUGCACCAGAACGUAUGCCGUGCGCCUCGAAGGGCGAGGCAAAUCCUUGUUGGUUUGGCUCGACGAUUGAACGUUCAAAUCAACGAUAAAGGUAGCUUAGGCACGGGGGGUAUUCAAAAUUGCGGUACUGGAGACAACGUAGAUACCAUGACCAUUCCAAACACCCAGGCUUUUGAUAAUGGCAUUAACUUUAUGGGUUCUGAUUUAGAUAUCGAUGCUAUCAUUGAAAGUUUUGACUUUGAACGCUCGGGAAUAGCGAAUUUUUCUUCGGCUAAACAGUUUGAACAGAAUACUUACACUGUAUCUGGCGAGAAUCAAAAUCCAUCGAAUGAUCAAAUGUUGCUGGAGUCUGACGAGCUGGGCGGUAGCUCCGAGGAAUGGCCGUUUUACGCUCCUCUUUUUGGAUUUAGCUCUUUGUGAAAAGCCAAUAUAGAGUCCUAUAACUUUAGAGAAUAUUUAUGUUCAUAUCCUAGAA